AUGCGGUCGUCUGUGGUCCACAGCGAGCACUGCAGUCCAACUGAGCUGGCCAGCAAGCUCAUACAUGAGGGCCCUCACAAGCAUGAGCCCGCUAACCGGCGCAUCCGAGGGCUGCUAGGUGAUGAAUGGAUCUUUGAUACCUUGGCUGCCAGAUAUGUCUGGGAACAUCCGUAUUUUCCGUAUUACUACAUUCCAGAACAGGAUAUAGCAUCGGGCCCGGCCAAGAUCAAAAAAGAGAAGGAGGACAAGGCUGGCUUCUGGCUGGGAACUAUACACGGUGGCGGUGGGACUGCCGAAGCUCAGGGCUAUGAGAAAGGACCGCUGCAGGGCUUUGUCAAGGUCAAGGUUUCUGAUAUAGACUGGUUUGCAGAGGACGAGAAACUACUCGGCGGCCAUCCCAAGGAUCCUUAUAAACGCAUCGAGAUUCUUCCAUCCUCUCGCGAAAUACGCGUCGAGCUCCAUGGCACAAUUCUUGCCCAAAGCUUGAAUAACAUGUUCCUGCACGAAACCAUGCUGCCUACGCGUCACUACCUGUCACCAACUUCGAUUAAAGACUGGGGCUUGCUGAGCAAGAGCGAUACUACGACGUUCUGUCCCUACAAGGGGCAGGCUUCGUAUUACAAUGUGAAGGUAGGAGACUCGGAGAUUAAAGAUGGUAUAUGGUAUUAUGUGUAUCCGACCUCCGAGAGCGCUGCUAUCCAGGGACGGUUGUGCUUCUAUAAUGAAAAGUUUGAUGUCUUUGUCGACGGGGUGAAGGAAGAGCAAUGA